AUGCCAUAUCGAGGUGGGAUGAGUUUUGAUCAACAACCAAUAUCUUUAAUCGAGUAUACACAAGACCAAAUUGAUAAUAUGAAUCAACAAUUGAGUUCUACGCGCGCACAACGUAUACGUGCUGCUAUGUUUCCUGAAGCGUUAGAAGAUCCAGCCAUGGAUGUUCCAUCUUCGACACAUUAUAUAACUAAUUUGCCUACAGCUGUUCAAAAAUUAUCUGAACCAUCACAGCAAUUAAAAAAUGCUGUUGUUGACAUAAUCAAUUAUAAAGAAGAUGCUGAAAUAGCGGAAAAAGCUAUACCGGAAUUAAUCAGACUACUUAGUGAUGAAGAUCCAAUUGUUGUCGGACAAGUAGCGCUGGUCAUACAUACUUUAGCGAAAAAAGAGGCUAGUCGCAUGGCUUUGACUAAUCCGCAACUUAUUAAUGCAUUGAUCCGUGCCGUCUCAAAUUCAAAAGCAAACGAUGAAACAAAACGUGGUGUUGCUGGAAUAUUUCAAUGUCUUGCACAACAAAAACAAGGUCUCUUUUGUAUAUUUAAAUCAGGAGGAAUACCCGCAUUGGUUAAACUACUCGAUUCACCGAUAGAAGUUGUUGUCAAUUAUGCGAUGUCAGCAUUACAUAAUCUUCUCUUAUACAUCGAACAAGCUAAAACAGAAAUACUUCGAUGCGGAGGUUGUCAUAAAAUGGUUUCAUUAUUAAAUAAUUCUAAUCAAAAAUUUUUGGCAAUUGUCACGGAUUGUUUACAUAUGUUGGCAUUUAACAAUCAAGAAGUUAAGCUUAUUAUUGAAUCGAGUAAUGGACCCCAACAAUUAUUGAAAAUUAUGGAAUUUACCGACUAUGAAAAAUUAUUAUGGACAACAACACGCCUUCUAAGAGUGUUAUCGGUGUGUACGUCGAUUAAAACAUUAAUUAUACAAAAAAAUGGUAUCAAAAUAUUUGAAAAAUAUGUUUAUAAUACCGCUAGUCUACGUGUUCAACAAAAUUGUUUACAAAUUUUAAGAAAUCUAUCCGAUCAAGCUAUAAAAACGGAAGGAAUGGAAACGUUGCUUCAUACCUUAAUUCAAUUGUUAUCAUCAACUGAUUUUGUGACUGUCUCUUGUGCAGUGGGUGUCCUAUCAAAUCUAACAUGUAAUAAUCAAUUUAAUAAAAUGGCUGUUGUCCAAUAUAACGGUAUCGAAACGUUGAUUAAUACAAUUAUUCAAGCUGAUGAUAAAGAAGAAAUAAUUGAACCAGCUAUAUGUGCAUUACGCCAUAUAACAUCGCGUCAUCCACAUGCUAGUGAUGCGCAAAACUUUGUUCGCGAUAUCAAUGGUAUAUCGGUUAUUAUUCGAUUGCUCAAUCCAACUAAAUAUAGCUGGCCUAUUAUUAAAUCAACAAUAAGUUUAAUUCGAAAUUUAGCCUUAUCGCCAAACAAUUUAAUUGUAUUACGUGAAAAUGAUUCUAUACCAAAAUUAGCUCAGCUUCUUAUUCGUUCGCAUCAAGAGUUACAACGACAAGCAUCGAAAAUGGACAGCAAUAAUAAUAAUAACGUAUCUUUUUCUGAUAUAUUAGAAGCAUCAGUCGGUGCAUUACAUAUUAUAGCAAAAGAUCCAUCAAAUCGAAUUAUUAUACGUGAUCUCGAUUGUAUACCACUUUUUGUUCGAUUAUUAUAUUUACCAUCAGUUUUGAUUCAACGUGCAGCUGCUGGUGUGCUAUGUGAGUUGGUUAAUGAUCGUGUUUGUGCUGAGAUUAUUGAACAGCAAAAUCCUACGCAAAAACUAACGGAGUUACUUAAAUCAAAUGAUGAAGGUGUUGGUAUGUAUCUUGAUUUAGUGUUUAUACUGGCAUCGAUUUGUCCAACCUAUGCAGCUGCAAUAUUAUUUCGAUUAUCUGAAGAUAAACCGAAUGACAUGAAAAAGCGUUUAUCGAAUGAUGUAACAUCAGCCUUGUAUCGAGACGAUCAGAUGAUGAAUAAUUAUUAUGGACAAAACAAUGUGACAAAUGGAUCAGCUUAUUCAAAUGCUUAUCGGAAUACGCCUCCUCCAAUGCAACAGCAACAAAUUCAUGAACCUUCCAUUAUGAAUUAUUAUUCAAGCGAAGCUGGUCUUGGUAUUGACUCAGAUAGGGAAAUACAAGUAUCUCCAUUAUCUUCAGUUAAUAUACAAAAUGAUGAUCAUCAUCCUGCUCCCGCCCAAGUGGCUGCUUGGCAAAUAUCUUCAAGCAAAGAUAUGAGUAGAACCAAAUGUUUUUUCGAUGUGAGUAUUGAUGACUCUCCACUUGGACGUAUUACAUUUCAGCUUUACAAUGAUGUUGUACCAAAAACAGCUGAGAAUUUUCGUGCACUCUGUACAGGUGAAAAAGGAUUCGGAUACAAAAAUUCGUCAUUUCAUAGAAUAAUACCGCAAUUUAUGUUACAAGGUGGAGAUUUUACGAAUCAUAAUGGUACCGGUGGCAAAAGUAUUUACGGAAACAAAUUUGCCGAUGAAAAUUUUCAAUUAAAGCAUUCAAAAGAAGGUUUAUUAUCUAUGGCUAAUGCUGGACCAAAUACGAACGGUGAAAUAUUUGCAUGGCCAAGCUCUCAAAGCGGAAAACCAUCGAAAAAAACUGUUAUCAAAGAUAGCGGUGUACUUGAAUGA